CGACAGAGCAUCUCUGAACACAACAAUAAGAUUUCCUUAUAGCUUGACUUUGGCGCGCGGUUUCUCUCUCAAGAAAUGCAAGGAACCCACGACCCGGCCAUCACGCUCUUCGGCAUGAAGAUCGCCGUCUCCUCCUCCGCCGCCGCCGCCGACGGCGACGGCGACGGCGCGGUUCUUGCGGCGGGGAGACCGGAGGAGAGGGAGGAUGGAGGAUGGGGAGGUGGAGAAGAGGAGGAGGAAGAGUACGAUGAAGAUGAGGGGGGAGGAGGAGGAGAAGAUGCAGAGCAGGUAUGCUUGAACGCUUCAGCUGAAAAGGCCUCUGACAAUAUGCAAGAAGAGGGUGAACCACCUCCAAAUUUUCAGGAACUGAAUCCCCCCGGGACUUCUCCGGAUGCUGUGAACCCUAUGACACCUUCUAUUCACGAAGAGAGUGCGAAAUCGCAAAUCCCUGAGAGUGGAACACCAGAAGAGAAUGGCAAGCCCAAAAAUUCGCAAGAGAAAACCCUGAAGAAACCAGACAAGAUCCUUCCUUGCCCGCGUUGUAACAGCAUGGACACAAAAUUCUGUUACUACAACAAUUACAAUGUCAAUCAGCCCCGGCACUUCUGCAGAGCCUGCCAAAGGUACUGGACUGCGGGGGGCACUAUGAGGAAUGUUCCCGUGGGAGCAGGACGGCGGAAGAACAAGAACGCUGCCACACGUUAUCGCCACAUCACCAUCUCCGAGGCUCUCCAAGCAGCGAGAGUCGAUUCCCCAAAUGGGGCUCAACUCCCCCAUUUGAGAACCAAUGGAACCGUUCUUACCUUUGGUUUGGACUCUUCUUUGUGCAAUUCUCAGUCCCCCAUUCCAAAUAUUGCCGAGAAGAAGAAAGUGUUAGAUGGUUGCAAAAAUGGGUUUCGGGACUUUGAAAAUGGGGAUGAUAGCUCCACCUCUUCCUCGGUCACAAUAUCGAACUCCAUGAAUGAGAAAGGCCUAAAUUUCCCACAAGAGCAAGGGACGGGAAAUGUUAAUGGAUUUUCUACGCAGAUACCUUGCCUUCCCGGUGUUCCUUGGCCUUAUCCAUGGAAUCCCACAAUUCCCUCACCCGCUUUUUUCCCUCCAGGAUGUCCACCGAUGUCAUUUUACCCUGCAGCCUUUUGGGCUUGUGGUGUUAUUCCUAAUGCCUGGAACAUUCCUUGUGCGUCGCCACAGUCACCCUUUUGCAACCAAAAGGCCACAAUUUCUGGUCCAAAUUCACCGACACUGGGAAAGCAUUCAAGAGAAUCUGAGCCACUUAAGUCAGAUACUUCAUUGGAACAAGUGGAACCCCCAAGACAGAAGAAUGGUUGCGUUUUGGUUCCGAAGACUCUGCGUAUAGAUGAUCCCAGCGAGGCCGCCAAAAGUUCAAUAUGGGCGGCCCUCGGUAUUAAGGCCUUCGAACCAAAGUCUGGAGAAGGCAAAGUUAAAGAUGCUGAAACCUCACCGCAUUUGUACGCUAAUCCCGCGGCAUUGUCUCGUUCCCUCAAUUUCCAUGAGAAUACUUGAAAUAGCAGCUCAUGACUGUAAAUUGAAGAACCUUGUGGUUUUUGAGGAGCACGAUUCUGUCGAAGUCACUCGAGCAACAAUGGCGGAGCUUCGGGCAUCAUAUUAUUAGCCCACGAAAUGGGGUGCUCAUUGCUGAAGGACUUAGAAGAGAUAAAGAAGAUUCGAUCCACAGAGCUCUUACGUGGAUUAGUUUUGUGAUCUUUUUAACCUUAGAAACAUCUGCCGUUGCUGAACGAAGUUAGCCUGCUUUUCUUGUGUCUUGUACAUUGAUAGUGUCUGCAACUUGAAGCUCUGAUUGUAUAGGAGGAGAUAUGGAGAUUUCCGCGACACCAUAACGUCCUGAAUCGUUAUAAAUAAUUUCAGAUGAUUGCUUCCUUUCCC